UGUGUGAUGGCCUCUCCCGUCCCUCCUGCAGGCUAACGAUGCCUGCAAGUGCAACGGCUGGAAGAACCCCAACCCUCCCACCGCCCCCCGCAUGGACCUGCAGCAGCCGGUGACCAACCUGAGCGAGCCCUGCCGCAGCUGCGGCCACGCGUUGGCCGACCACGUGUCCCACCUGGAGAAUGUCUCGGAGGAGGAGAUCAACAGGCUGCUGGGCAUGGUGGUGGACGUGGAGAACCUCUUCAUGUCAGUGCACAAGGAGGAGGACACGGACACCAAGCAGGUCUAUUUCUACCUGUUCAAGCUCCUCAGGAAGUGCAUCCUGCAGAUGAGCCAGCCGGUGGUUGAGGGGUCGCUGGGGAGCCCCCCGUUUGAGAAACCCAACAUCGAACAGGGGGUCCUGAACUUCGUGCAGUACAAGUUCAGCCACCUCCCGCCCAAGGAGCGGCAGACGAUGUAUGAGCUCUCCAAGAUGUUCCUGCUCUGCCUCAACUACUGGAAGCUGGAGACGCCGUCGCAGUUCCGACAGCGCUCGCAGAACGAUGACGUGGCCACCUACAAGGUCAACUACACCAGGUGGCUGUGCUACUGCCACGUGCCGCAGAGCUGCGACAGCCUUCCCCGCUAUGAGACCACGCACGUCUUCGGGCGCAGCCUCCUCAAGUCCAUCUUCACUGUCACCCGCCGGCAGCUGCUGGAGAAGUUCCGGGUGGAGAAGGACAAACUGGUGCCGGAGAAGCGCACGCUGAUCCUCACCCACUUCCCCAAGUUCCUGUCCAUGCUGGAGGAGGAGAUCUAUGGUGAGAACUCGCCCAUAUGGGAGGCGGAUUUCACUGUGCCAGCUGCGGAGGGCGCCCAGCUGGUGUCACGCCCAGCCACCGUCAGUGCCGUCACAGUGCCCACCGCACCGCUCUUCAGCAAGAAGCUCAGCAGCAGCAGCUUGGCCACGAGCAUGGACACCGGCACGCCGGAGCCUCUGCCGGGGGAGAAGCGGAAGCUGCCUGAGAGCCUGACGCUGGAGGAUGCCAAGAGGAUCCGCGUGAUGGGCGACAUCCCCAUGGAGCUGGUGAACGAGGUGAUGCUGACCAUCACCGACCCCGCUGCCAUGCUGGGCCCUGAGCUGCCCCCUAUGCAGACCAGCCUGUUGUCGGCCAACGCGGCGCGGGAUGAGACCGCCCGGCUGGAGGAGCGCCGCGGCAUCAUCGAGUUCCACGUCAUUGGCAACUCGCUCUCGCAGAAGUCCAACAAGAAGAUCCUGAUGUGGCUGGUGGGCCUGCAGAACGUCUUCUCGCACCAGCUGCCCCGUAUGCCCAAGGAGUACAUCACCCGCCUCGUCUUCGACCCGAAGCACAAGACCUUGGCACUCAUCAAGGAUGGCCGUGUGAUUGGGGGCAUCUGCUUCCGCAUGUUCCCCACCCAGGGCUUCACCGAGAUCGUUUUCUGUGCCGUGACAUCCAAUGAGCAAGUGAAGGGCUACGGGACACACCUGAUGAACCACCUGAAGGAGUACCACAUCAAGCACAACAUCCUCUACUUCCUCACCUAUGCCGAUGAGUACGCCAUUGGCUACUUCAAGAAGCAGGGCUUCUCCAAGGACAUCAAGGUCCCCAAGAGCCGCUACCUGGGCUACAUCAAGGACUACGAGGGGGCAACCUUGAUGGAGUGUGAGCUGAACCCCCGAAUCCCCUAUACUGAGCUCUCCCACAUCAUCAAAAAGCAGAAGGAGAUCAUCAAGAAGCUGAUUGAGAGGAAGCAAGCACAGAUCCGCAAGGUCUACCCUGGCCUGACCUGCUUCAAGGAGGGCGUGCGGCAGAUCCCCAUCGAGAGCGUUCCUGGCAUCCGAGAAACGGGUUGGAAACCACUGGGGAAGGAGAAGGGGAAGGAGCUGAAGGACCCAGACCAGCUCUACAACACCCUGAAGAACCUCCUGGCCCAGAUCAAGACUCACCCCAGCGCGUGGCCCUUCAUGGAGCCGGUGAAGAAGUCGGAGGCGCCGGACUACUAUGAAAUCAUCCGCUUCCCUAUUGACCUGAAGACCAUGACUGAGCGCCUGAAGAACCGCUACUACGUCACCAAGAAGCUGUUCAUCGCCGACCUGCAGCGCAUCAUCACCAACUGCCGCGAGUACAACCCGCCCGACAGCGACUACUGCAAGUGUGCCAACACCCUGGAGAAGUUCUUCUACUUCAAGCUGAAGGAAGGGGGGCUCAUCGACAAGUAGGGGGUGGUCUGGAUGCGCUGUGGCUGCCACGACCCCCCCUGCUCCCGUUGGCGGGG